UUUGGGCACAUCCUUCAUCCUCUUGCCAGGUGUCACAGGCAGACGUGGAUUGGCAGCAAGUACAGUGCCGGUUGUACAGUGGAAAACACCCAAUGUAUGGUGCUGGAGGGGCGAGGGGAUGACUGAAGGGAAUUCCAUUCCCAGGCCAUGCCGCUCCAGCCUCCACCGAUCCCCUCUCUCGAUCAACUGGAUUGGUAAGCCACUUCCAAAAUGUUCCGUGACUACUGCAACCCCACCUGCCAGACGCAGUAGUGAGCAAGGUGCUUUCAGAUGGGCAGGGGCCCGGGUCGGCCACAGUCAGCCCACCGGCAAGAGGUACAAAAGCCCCUCAUCCCAGCCCUGGAAAGGCAUCAUUUUUCAUCUCUUUACUCAAACCGCUCCGUUUUUGCAAGCUCUUUAUUGCCAACUACUCACAUGUACACGCUUUCGCCAGGCUCCCGCGCAUCGCUGGUUUCGCGCGACUCGUCGAUCACGCUGUGCACGUACCGCCAGGAGGAGCUGCGCGCUCAUCCUGAGGUGCUCCGCAUCAUUAUGCAGUAUCCGCAGAUCCGGGGCACCCGCCCCGCCUCGCUGCCCAGACACGCGGUCCCGCAGCCACGCAGUCUACGCCAGCCACAGCUGAGCCAGCCACAGCCACAGCCCCAGCAGAGAGCUCCCGACCGCAUGGUGCUGCUCCGGAGGCUGCGCAGUAAACUGAUUCGGACCAAGCCCACGGGACCGCGCCAGGCAACCGAGAUCUAGGUCCGCCUUGUGCAUAGAGCCAUACACCAUCUGUACUAUCUCCCAACCACCCCCUUUGUUCUUCCCAAUUUACAUAGCCUGUCAAAAAAGAACGUAUGUCUGAUAACAUAAUACAUUGAAACGAGACAUGGAAAAAUAGGUUUUAAGAAAGAAGGAAAAAGAACACGGGUUGGGAUGAGCGUUUGGGAGGGGAGCAGAAGAGAGCUUUGCAAAAUUAUUUACAGCCACGGAUGAUUCUGAUGCUGCGC